AGGAGUAUAUUAGCCUUGGUCACAUGGUACCAGUACACGAUGAUAAACCUACAGCUGUUUAUCUACCGCAUCAUGCCGUGGUCCGUGAAGAUAAGACCACGACCAAAGUCAGAGUAGUUUUCGAUGCGUCAAUGAAAGGGGCAAAUGGGGUAUCGCUCAAUGACGAUCUUAUGGUGGGUCCCCCUUUGCAACCUCCUUUACGUCACCUCAUCAUGGCAUGGAGAAUGCACCCCAUAAGUCUUAGCGCUGAUAUUGUAAAAAUGUAUAGGCAAAUAAAGAUUUCUCCAAUGCACACGGAUUUUCAGCGAGUAGUGUGGCGCGACGAUCCAGCAGCUGAAAUAAAAGAAUACAAAUUAGUACGGGUUACGUUUGGUACAGCAUCAGCUCCUUACCUUGCAGUUAAAUGCUUGCAGCAGGUUGCGGUCGAUGAAGGUCAAAAUUAUCCUGAAAUAGUUAACACAAUUAAAAGGGAGUUUUAUGUGGAUGAUUUAAUGACAGGGUGUCAGACUGUUGAAGAAGGAUUUCACAUUUUUGAGAAAUUAACGGAGUUGCUCUCCAAAGGUCAAUUCCAACUACAGAAGUGGGUAAGCAGCUGCGACAAAUUGAACAAGAGGAUUCAAGCGUGUUCUGGAACUAACAUACCACCAGAAGAGAAAAAGGAUAUUAAGCUGGACUCAGUCAUGAAAAUCUUAGGUAUUUCAUGGGAUCUAGAGAAUGAUGAAUUAAAUAUUCAAUACAACUUGAUCCUCAACAAACUCCAAUUACCAAGAGACGGGUAAUAUCCGAUAUUGCUCGU